AUGUCUGUGGUCUUCAUUAACGGCCUUCUCCGACACCCUCCCUCUUCCCGGCGGUUUGGUGCAUGCUGCGUGCCCGUAGCCCAGGAGGAGGUAGUAGAAGUAGAAGUAGCCCCUGAGGCGGAGGCCCAGGUAGAAGCAGAGCCAGAGGUAGAGCCUGAACCAGAACCAGAGCCAGAGCCACAGGAGGUGGUUCAUGAGGAGGAAGAGGCCUAUGAAGAGGAAGUGGACGAGGGAGAUCAAGAUGAAGAGAAGCCAAAGUUCAAACCCUCUGCUCCAAAGAUGCCUGAUGGCGAGAAAGUGGACUUUGAUGACAUCCAGAAGAAACGUCAAAACAAAGACCUGGUUGAGCUGCAGUCGCUGAUCGAUGCCCACUUCGAGUGCAGGAAGAAGGAGGAAGAGGAGCUCAUCGGUCUCAAAGAAAGAAUUGAGAAGCGUCGUGCUGAGCGAGCCGAGCAGCAGAGGAUUCGUGCUGAGAAGGAUAAAGAGCGACAGGCCAGGCGGGAGGCUGAGCGGCAGAAAAGGGAGGAGGCCGACGCCAACAGGAAGGCUGAGGAUGAAGCCAAGAAGAAGUUAACGCUGAGCAACAUGGGAUCAGGCUACAGCGGCAUCCUGCAGAGGGACCAGAAGAGAGGCAAGAGGCAGACUGAAAGAGAAAAGAAGAAGAAGAUCAUGGCAGAAAGAUGCAAGCCCCUGAACAUCGAGAACUUUGGGGAGGAUAAGUUGAGGGAAAAGGCGAAGGAGCUGUGGGAGUGGCUGCACAACCUGGAGGCAAUUAAAUACGACCACUGCGAGGCGCUCAAGAGACAGAGAUACGAGGUGAUCUCUCUCAGAAACCGCAUUGAUGAGCUGCAGAAACACAGCAAGAAGGGAGCCGCUUCGCGCCGCAGGAAGUGAGCCGCCCCUGAGUAACGGCCCGUCCCCUCGGCUACGACAGCGACCCCGUAGACACCCGCAGCUCCGGAACAAAAGGCAACAACUGGCAGCUCUUACCGCCUGUGUCUGCUUGAGUGAAACGUUUAUCUGGAUGAAUUUAGCUCCAAUAAAGAAAUUUGAACUCACUGUGUUCGUGUAAGGAAAAAGAUUCAGAGAAUAAAAUGGCAAAAUCAUUAA